CGUGAAAGUUCGAGGGAAGGCGCAACGCAACGAUGUCAAAGAAAUAUUCGGUUGCCCUGCGGCCUUUUUCGAGACAGCCACAUCUCUUCUUGCUGCUACUAUUCUCAUCUGGUCUUAAGCUGCACCCGCCGGCCAACCCGGUCCUAAUACGGAAACGAAGCGACCCAGACAAUCGUGGCCUUCUCUUAUUACACCGCCCGAGGGCUCCAUUUUCGGAGCCGCGCCUCCCGCAGAAGAGAGACAAUAAAGACCACCAGACCAGACCGAACCAACUGAUCGUUUGA